AGAGAUUUACUUUAAAUGCCCUUAUCUUACAGAGACCUUGUAAUAAAAGUGAAAUUUGGAGAAAGCAUUGAGGACUUACAGACUUGCCGGCUCUUAAUUAAACAUUACAUCCCAACAGGACUUUUUGUGGAUCCGUAUGAGUUGGCGUCAUUACGAGAGAGAAACGUUACAGAGGCAAUGAUGGUAUCAGAAAAUUUUAAUAUAGAAGCUCCCAACUAUUUGUCCAAAGAAUCCGAAGUCCUCAUUUAUGCACGUCAAGAUGCACUGUGCAUCGAUUGCUUCCAGGCCUUUUUGCCUGUGCACUACCGCUAUCAUCGGCCACAUAGGAAAGAUGGAGACACCCUGAUUGUGCUCAACAACCCAGAGUUACUGAUGUACUGUGACCAAGAGUUCCCUGUUUUGAAAUGCUGGGCUCAGUCAAAAGUGGCAGCUCCCUGUGCUUUGAACAGCGAGGAGAUCUGCCAAUGGAACAGCAUGCAAUAUAAAUCAAUACUUAAGAAUUUGACCCUGCAAGUUCCCGUGGGACUGACUAUACAUACCACUUUAGUAUGUUCUGUGACUCUGCUCAUUACCGUCCUGUGUUCUACUUUGAUCCUGUUAGCUGUUUUCAAAUAUGGCCAUUUUUCCCUGUAAGUUUAAUAUAGUUAGAUGUUUUCUAGGAACCUAAUAAAUGAGACCUAUUCCUCUGUGACAAGAGGUGUUCUUUUCAGAAUUAA